AUGGCGAAUUUGCAAAGGGAGUCUAAUGAUGGCUUUUUGCUUGCUGCUAGUGUGCAGGAUGCGAGCGGCAAAGAUGUUGACCUCAGCACCUACAAGGGGAAGCUUCUUCUCAUCGUUAACGUCGCAUCACAGUGGUAUAAUGACUUGUCAUCUGUGAACUGA